AUGUCGCACCCAGCGGAGGGCUCGCAGAAGGUCCAGGUGGAACACUCCGCAGAGACUUCGAUCUUUUUGCGCUCUUUCGCCGACAUCGAAGCGCGGCUAGACGAGCUCUCCGACCAGGUGAACGCAUGCCUCCAAGAGUUGUUGGGCUUGAAGAGGUCCGCCCGCCCUUCCCGCUUCAAGCAACGGGAACGAGGAAGCCAUCGCCAUCGGGACUCGGUGCUUCCAGUCAUCCCGUCCGGCCGUCCCUCCACUGAAGCGGAGCCAGCAUGCCUCCUCCACACGCAGACGUUGGGGCAGAGGCCCAGCCGUCGCCAGCUGGGCUCCUCCUUGAGCUCCUUCGCAUCCAACAGCACGGUGUCUGAAGAGAGCAGGGGGCACUCCAGGAUGUCCACAAUGAGCAACCCCGUUUCCUUGCGCAACGAGAUGGUGUCCUUCAAGGAGGAUGGCAAGCCCCAGGUUCUCGAGUACACGCCUUCCGAAUGGAAGGACAACAGGAGACGGGCCAAUCCCGUCCGGAAGGUGGAUCUGAAAAUCGCCUGGCAAAUCCACGCGAAGGAGCUCAAGAAGCAGGCGGCAGCAGACGAAGAGACGCGGCCCAUCAUGCGCCUGAUCUACCGCAGCCGCUGCGACCACUUGUGGGAGAUGCUGGAUGACCCGGACUCCAGCUGCUCCGCCUGGGCCGUGUCCCAGUUCUUGAAGGGCCUGGUCCUGGUGAGCCUGAUCCUCUCCUUGCUGGUCACCGCCCAAGAGCCCCUUCUCGAUGUCACCACCUCGGCGGUGCUGGAGACCGGAUUCGAUGCCAUCUUCCUCAUGGAAUUCCUCUGCCGAUGCGUCUCUUCCCCGUCGAAGAGGAUUUACGUCCGAGACCCGUUCAGUUGGUGCGACAUGCUGGCCGCCCUAGGGCUGCCACUCCGCGCCAGCGCUGGCUUCGUCCUCCAGCCGCUGUCCUCCUUGGAGGCACCCUCUGUGCAGCAGGUCCUGCUGCUCCUCUUCGUGCCCAUCCUACGGUUCCUCAAGCUGAUCAGGUACUUCGAAUCCUUCCACCUCCUGGUGGACGCGGGGAAGAACUCCAUCGCUGCACUUCCGGUGCUCUUCUAUACGAUGGCCGUCAUCACACUGGUCUCCUCCUCCGCGAUCUACCUCGCUGAGUCCAGGGACAACAUCCCGAGCCUGCCGCACUCGAUUUGGCUGGCGCUGGUGACCAUGACCACCGUCGGCUAUGGCGACUACGCUCCAAAAUCUACAGGCGGCUACUUUGUGGUUGCGACGCUCACGGGUGUCAGCAUGCUUUUCCUGGCUCUGCCCGUGGGCAUCAUCGGGCACGUCUUUACGGCUUGCUGGGAAAGCCGCGCACAAGUUCUGCUCAUGAACAGAGUUCGGAAGUGUUUGAUCAAGUGGGGCUACACCAUCAAAGACUUGAAGAUCUUGGUGGAGUACGUGGAUGCGGAUGGGGAUGGGACGCUGAACUUGCCCGAGUUUAUCGAGCUCAUCCGGCAGAUGAGGAUUGGGCUCAGCUCCGCGUCAUGGCCGCAAGGUCCUUAG